UUGACCGACUCUGGGUGAUCGCGACGAAACCAACGAAACCCCACGGAACAGCUGUGCUGUGAGCUCGCUGCUUGAGCCACGGCGGCAGUUAACCUUUUGCUGCCGUUGAUUACGCGCGUUAGCCGGGAAGCAUGCCGUCUGCGCACGCAGCGCGGCCCUGCCGGACUCAUCAUCUUCGGAGGACGACGUGUUGAGAUGCGUACGCGGCCGGCUGGGAACGUUUUAACGCAGGCACCGAAGAAGUCGUCGCACGCGAGAAGCAACCAUCAUGGCCAUGAGUGUGGGCAAGCUGAUCGGCUGCGUGCUGGUCAUGUGGCUGCUGGUCGUUCUCAUGAUCAGCGGCCCCUUGUUCCACAGCGGUGAACCGGACGAGCAAGUGCUGGCACGGCUAACCCGUGCCGUCAGCGAGCUGGAAACGCUCAAACAGCAGAACGAAGAGCUCCGCUCCCUGCUCAACGCCAUCAAAGAGCCCAGCAGGAAAGAGGAAGCAAAAGAGUUAAAGCAGCCAGUCAUCCAGCAAACUGGGUGUGGCGAACCCAGCCAGGAGUAUGAGGUACGACGGCGCAGGGUGGCCGAUGGCGUCCAGGAGCUUUGGUUCUAUGCACGUGGACAACUCAAGAAGUUACUGCCCAACCUGAAACAGGAAGACAAGGCCACAAUGCAGCGCAUCAUCGAUGAUUUGGCAGAGCAUCGGCGCGCCAUCCAGCUGGACCUGGAGGAGAUGCGACGGGCCGACGGCCACGAUGCAUGGCGCCAGGCCGAGUCGCGCGCCCUGUCCGAUCUGGUGCGCUCCCGCCUGUCGCAGCUGCAGCACCCAGCCGAUUGCGGCAAGGCACCCAAGCUGGUCUGCAGCCUGAACAAGGGCUGUGGGUACGGCUGCCAGGUGCACCACGCCACUUACUGCCUCAUCACAGCGUAUGCCACGCGCCGCACCCUGGUACUCCACUCGAAGGGAUGGCGCUACUCAUCUGCUGGGUGGGAGAGUGUCUUCCUGCCAGUCAGCAACAGCUGCACAGAGGCACCUUCGGGCGUGCCGUGGUCAGCCGACGUGGCCAAUGCGCCCGUUGUGGAACUUCCCAUUAUCGACAACGUCCAGCCAAGGCCGGCCUUUCUGCCGCUGGCCGUGCCCGACGACCUCGCGGCAAGGAUAACACGGCUGCACGGCCAGCCCGCGUUGUGGUGGGUGUCGCAAGUGCUGGGAUAUCUUCUACGGCCGCAGCCCAGCCUGCAGCGCUUCUUUGACAAAGCGGCACGCGACAUGGCCUUCAAGGGACCAGUCGUGGGUGUGCAUGUGCGCCGAACCGACAAGGUCGGCACUGAGGCCGACUUCCAUGGCAUUGAGGAGUAUAUGGAGCAUGUGGCCGACUACUUCGAGCGGCUGCUUCUCAAGGGAGGAGCCGUGCCCCGCCGCCGGGUCUAUCUAGCCACGGAUGACCCCAAGCUGCUUGGGGAGGCACGCAGCAAGUACCCCGACUACCAGUUCUAUGGGGAUAGCCGCAUCGCCAACACGGCUGCCUUGGGCCAACGUUACAGCUCCGAGUCCCUACGGGGUGUCCUGCUAGACAUCCACAUGCUAUCUCGCUGCGACUACCUGGUCUGCACCUUCUCAUCUCAGGUUUGCCGUUUGGCCUACGAGAUCCUGCAGCUGUCGCAUGCGGACGCCGCGGAUCGCUUCCACUCGCUGGACGACAUCUACUACUUCGGGGGCCAGAAGCCCCACAACCAGAUUGCCAUCUUAAACCACACUGCCCGCUCGUCUGAGGAGAUUGAUGUGCGUGUGGGCGACACGUUGGGCAUUGCGGGCAACCACUGGGACGGCUAUAGUAAGGGUGUCAAUAGGCGGACGGGUCGCUCUGGACUCUACCCGGCAUUCAAGGCUGUGGAAAAAGUCGAAUCCGUCCCCUUUCCUGUGCAGUGACACUGCUCCAUUUUUUUACUUGUUUUUAUGAAUCUUCUUUCUUCUGUGUGUUGUUAGGACGGUUUUUAACCCUCGCUGUGUCACACACUCCUGAAGUGGCAUUGGCGAAAUAGGGCCAACAGUGGGACUACCGGGAAUGUGGGCGGCCCUUCUUACUUCUUAAGGUUCUUGGCAAAUAUUUUGUGCGCGUAAAAUAAUAAAGUAUUCGAUUUAUUGUG